AGCAUCAUGUAGAGAAUAUAGGUAUAUAUUAUUCAGCAGUUUCAGCAAUAGUGGCACCAUACGAUAUCUAGACUCGGCACUGCAUGCGCAUAUAUUGUGAUGAGGGAAAUGGAAAAGUCUCUAUGCGCCACCUAUUUUUACCCGCCUUCAACGCUGCAAGUUUAAGCGGUGCAGACGAAAGAGCUCGCGAUUGAGUACACGCGGCUUGGAGCCGAUAUGUGAUUAAGCUUCAAAUUUAUAUUUCAAUUUAUUCGAUAUUAUUCGAAAAAGUGGCAUAAUCGAAGCCGACGCAUACAAGUACUUAUAGAGCUUCCAUACGUCAAUUCUAGAAAAUUUAGGCCAUGAAACUGGAGUAAAUAUCGGCCGGCUGCACAACUCGACGACAUAAUCUCCUCCAGCCUCCUCAAGUACCCGCACAUCCAGAGCGAUUUAUAUUACACCUCGAGCAGUUCUCUUCGCAGCCUUUAAUCAGCAUAUGCAGCCAUUAUAAUAAGUGUACAUAUACGCGCGCGCGCACAGAGCCCGAAAAAUCGAUAGGCCAGCCCUCGCGACCGCAAAAAGGCGCACGCGUUAGCGGCGAUAUAUUUGCAGCUGCUCCGCUUUUCUCACUGCUCCGGACGAUGCGCAUGUCCGAUAUAGGUACACUGCUCGCGGGUCACAUCAGCUGCAAUAAGAUUAUACCGCGGACAGCUGCAUAAUUUUCCUCUCUUCUGAUUUUCCGUUCUCGCAGCGUCGCGAGAUAUUCGUCGAGAAGGGCUGCGCUUUUGGGAGAAGAGGAUCUGAUCUGUCUGUGACUGGAAAGCUUUAAGCUUUAAGCUUUGAGGAGUACGAAUACUCAAGGUGUAUAAAUGGCUCAGGAUGUCAGGACAAAGGUGUAUCUGGGAUACGAGGAUGAAUAUGUCACGGAGAAGCACCGUAGCCUUCUUAACUUUACAACGAAUAAGAUUGGCGGCAAGCCGGACUGGCACAAUGAUCAAAUGACACUAAUUGCACCUCAGUGCAGGCUUUGCGGUUUGCAUCAACUCUUGGCGCUACAAAUUUAUGCCCCACUGGAGAAUUCCAAAUACCACAGGAGUCUGUAUAUUUUUGCAUGCAUGAAUCCCAAUUGUUGGAAUCAGAACGAAAGCUGGACAUGCCUGCGAGUUCAGUCACAGGAGCAGGCACCAAGCACAGACUCAUUGUCAAGUUCCUGCGCGACAGUACAAACCAGUGCAACCAGCUGGCUAGCUGAUGCAGAUGAUUGGGGGGACAAUUGGAAUGACAAUGUCUCAGAGAGGAAUGGAAACAACUUGAUGCUGAACGAUCCUAACAAGUUUAGUCUGUCAGCACAGAAUACCAACUACGAGGAAGAGCUCAAGGCUGACUUUUCUGAACUGCAAGUAGAUGAUCCAAAUGCAAACAGUCCUACAAGCGUGGAGUCGCCAGUUGGCGUAGGCGCAGUUGGCCGACUAGACUCACCUCACGCUUCGGCCGAAAUCGAAGGCGAGGAGAGCGAGGUGGUUUGCAUUGACACUCCAACGCAGCCUCGUUGCGAUCUGAUCAGCCUACUGCAGGAAGUGACACCACUCCCAGUGCAGCAUACCGAAUCGAAAGCAGGCAAAAGCUUACUGAACUUUACCGAAAUCUUUAUUUCGGUGGACGAGGAGUCUCAGGGCGGGGCCGAAGUACCUCAGCACGUUCGUGAUUUAUUCCUUGAGUACCAGCGAUCUAAUGGAGCGGACGUGACGGCUGGACAGGAGGGAGAGACUUCGGAUGACAGCAAAGCUGGUUACGAUGGAGGCGGCAUGGAAAAAUACGAGAAAGGUAUACCCAAGCACGGUGACGAGAUGUUCCAUAAUUUUGUCAGUCGGAUACAAAAGAAUCCUGGUCAGAUUUUGAGGUACGCAAGGGAUAACGCCGCACCUUUAUUGCUGUACCCAAUGGGCGGGUGCAUCGGCAGGUGCAGGCACUGCGGCGACGAGAUGACUUUCGAGCUUCAGAUCCUACCGACUCUGAUACCAAAACUAAAACUCAAUACUCGCAGCGACCGUCACUUUCAACUGGAGUACGGCACUAUCCUCGUGUUCACUUGCAUCAGGAGUUGUUGGUCGGCCACGGAUUCCUACAGAGAGGAGCACGUGAUCGUCCAAGCUGAGAGGCUGUAGUCUGUAAAACAUAGCGACCUUCUUCGACAAACUUCCAGAGCUCUCCAGGUUGAUAUUUGGAAACUAGAGACAGCGCGAAAUGUUGAAAGCGUGAUCUUUUUGUAGAUGAAAAAAAAAAAAAAUAAUUAUAAUAUUAAGCAAGCAGAAUGAGUACCGUCCAAGGUUCGACGUACGUACAUAGAACAUUCGGAGAUUUCGGCAGACGACGAAUUUUUUGCCGUCGUGUUGUAGAAAAAAAAUUAUUAUUGCUAUCAAAAAUUUAUUGUUUUCUCUCUUUGAAGAGGCUAUUUAUUAUUUUUUUAUUUGUAUAGUUCAUUGACGGCGCGAGGCAUUCCAAUGCGUUUAAUAUGUUCUUUUUAUUCUGCUAAUGCUUUAGCAUUCGACUAAUGAAAAUUUAUUUUAACUUUAAAGGAACAUUUAUAGGAUUUUUUUGAGACUGGAAUGAUAGAGCAUGCUUAUAACUAUAGAAAAUUGAUAAUGUAAGGAACUUUUAAAAAAGUAUAUUUUAUCAAGCUACUGUAAUUGGAUACUAUCCUUCUUAAACUUUAGCAUAAUGUUCAACUGAUUGGUAAAGUAACUUGAAACUCGUUUAAGAAUAUAAAGAGAGAUUAUUUUUAUUUUUAAAGUAUUUUAAAGAAUCAAAAGAAAGUACUUAAUGAGCUCAUAGAUACACAGUAACUAUGUAAUUAAUUUCGGAGCAGAAGGCCGAAAAAAGUUUAACGAGUAAGUUUUUUAUGAAUGGUUUUUCCUCAAACUAGUGAUGUAUUGCAGUGCAUUUCUCGUCGAUUUUGACUCUCUACUCGUUGUAACAAGGAGUUAUAUAUGUUAGCGACAGACAAGUGAGAUAAUUGUAUAGCGUCCACGCAUUAACAACAGUUGCGUAAAUAAACAGUUCUUCGAAUAAAA